GGGCGGCGCGGACCCCGCAGGCAGCGAGGCCGGGCGGGCGGGCUGCAGCGCCCUGCGCCCCUCGCCAGGGUCGCCAUGCAGGGCCCUGCCGGGAACACGAGCCGCGCACUGCCAGGAGGGCCGCCCUCCACCGUCGCGUCCGGGGCGGGCCGCUGCGAGAGCGGCGCACUCAUGCACAGUUUCGGCAUUUUCCUGCAGGGGCUGCUCGGCGUCGUGGCCUUCAGCACGUUGUUGCUCAAACGCUUCAGAGAACCAAAGCAUGAAAGACGUCCGUGGAGGAUAUGGUUUUUAGACACUUCCAAACAAGCCAUAGGAAUGCUAUUCAUCCACUUCGCAAAUGUAUACCUAGCAGAUCUCACUGAAGAGGACCCUUGCUCAUUGUACCUCAUCAACUUCCUCCUGGACGCCACUGUGGGCAUGUUGCUCAUAUACGUGGGUGUGCGUGCUGUUAGCGUCCUGGUGGAGUGGCAGCAGUGGGAGUCCCUACGUUUUGGCGAAUAUGGAGACCCUCUGCAGUGCGGAGCCUGGGUCGGCCAGUGUGCGCUUUACAUUGUGAUCAUGAUUUUUGAAAAAUCUGUCGUCUUCAUCGUCCUCCUAAUACUUCAGUGGAAGAAGGUUGCCCUGUUGAAUCCCAUUGAGAACCCAGACCUGAAGCUGGCCAUCGUCAUGCUGAUCGUCCCCUUCUUUGUCAAUGCUCUGAUGUUUUGGGUAGUGGACAACUUCCUCAUGAGAAAGGGGAGGACGAAAGCUAAACUAGAAGAAAGGGGAGCCAACCAGGACUCAAGGAAUGGGAGCAAGGUCCGUUACCGAAGGGCCGCAUCCCAUGAGGAGUCGGAGUCUGAGAUCCUGAUCUCAGCUGAUGAUGAGAUGGAGGAGUCUGAUGUGGAGGAGGACCUUCGGAGACUGACCCCCCUGAAGCCCGCAAAGAAAAAGAAGCACCGCUUCGGGCUGCCUGCUGGCACUCAGGAAGCCCCCAUCAAGAAGAAGCGCCCCCCUGUGAAGGAGGAGGACCUGAAGGGGGCCCGAGGGAACUUGGCCAAGAACCAGGAGAUCAAGUCCAAGACCUACCAGGUCAUGCGGGAGUGUGAGCAAGCCGGUUCUGCUGCCCCGUCGGUGUUCAGCCGUGCUCGGACUGGCACAGAGACCGUCUUCGAGAAGCCCAAAGCUGGACCCGCCAAGAGUGUCUUUGGCUGAGAAGUGCACACUACCCUCCUCACCACCAGCAACACAGGAACCUUUCCCAAGAAUUCUUUUUUAUGCCAGGAUAUACCUUCUCACCUGCCACCUUUGGGACUGCCACCCCUACCCCACAGCCCUGGCCCUUCAGCCCAGGGACUCUGCACCAGCACCUGGGAAGCACCAAUAAAGAGGAUGCCCAAGGGGCCCCAGUG